GCUCCAGUCUAAGAAAUGGCUUCGUAUUUCGGACUUAUUUUAUUUGUUUAUUACUCGCCCUGUUUCAUGUGUCAGCCUGAUCUCAGGAAGUCAAUAAAGUUUUACUUGAUCCACAAAAAAAGGCGUCGCCAUGACAACGCCUCCUGUGUACCUUCGGGUUUAGCCUCCAGCCGAGGAGUCGUGUUAGCUCACAAACUACCGUUUAUUUCCAAUAGAGACACACGGGAGCGAGUGGGACUUCUGACAAUGCCGCCGAAGAUCAAAAACAAAAAGGCCGUGAAGACCGUGGUGGACGGCCUGUCCCCGGAAGAGAUGUCCAGGGACCAGCUGGAGGAGCACAUUGUCCGCCUGCGGGAGGAUCUGGACAGGGAGCGGGAGGAGAGGAGCUACUUCCAGCUGGAGAGGGACAAGAUUCAGGCCUCCUGGGAAAUCUCCAAGAGGAAGCUGGAGGAGGAGAAGGCUGAGCUGAGGAACAGACAAAGGGAGAGAGAGGAGGCAGAGGCGCGCCACCAAGUGGAGAUUACUGUGUACAAGCAGAAGCUGAAGCACGUACUGUCUGAGCACCACAACGCGCUCUUUGGGCUGAAGGCAGACGGCGUGGCAUCGGCCGGGCUGGUCAAGAAUCAGCACAUGCAGUCAGAGAUCGGCCUCCGUAGCGACCUGCACGUCCUGCAGGCCGACUCCAGGGAGAAGAAGCUCCACAACGACAACUUCAUCAAGGAGCUGCAGCUGAAGCACCAAGUGGAGUUAAUGGAGCUGGAAAACAACUAUGAGAAAAGAUUCACAGAGCUGCAGGUGACAUAUCACAAGCAAAGGCAGCUGAUGGCCGACACGGAGGCCAAGAAGCGGCAGGACGAGGUCUCCCAAAUCAACUGCAGGAUGAAGAAGCGCAUUGAUAAUCUGACUGAGGAGCACGACGCGGUUCUCGAACACAAAGUGGAUCACUACUCCAAGCUGCAGAAAAAACUGCAGCAGGAUCAGGCCAAGCUGAAGGAUGAACUGGGGCAGGCGAGGAAGCUUCAGCUGAAAAAGGACCGGGAGCUUUCAGCAGCUCAGCGGGAGAACCAAGUUCUGAAGACGUCUCUGCAGGAAGCCCAGCAGAAGCUUCUGGAGUUACAAAAACAGCUGCAAGAACACAAAGAGGCCAAGAGCAAGAUGGUGGCAUCUAAAGCUCGAGUGAAGGUCCUGGACCAGGAGCUGCGCGACCUCUCCCUGCAGCACCAGCUGCUGCAGUGCGGCUUCGAGAAGGUGGAGCGGGAGCGCGACGAGCUGCUGGAGAAGCAGACGGAGGCCAUCCAGGAGGUGCGGCGGAGGAGCGGCCUGAAGCACCUGCUGCUGGAGAGGAAGCUGGCGGCGCUGACCGCCGCUGCCGAGAAGCAGGAAGCGCAGCUGUUCGCCGCGCUGGCCACCUCCGACGUGGAGCCGAGCGCGCGGGCCCGGGCCGCGGACGAACUCCAGGAAAUGCUGAAGUCCAAACAAGCCACCAUCGACGCCUUACAGGGCGACCUGGCUCGAGACAGUAAGGAGUACGACGAGCUGCUGCAGACCUGCAAGGAGAAGCUGCAUAACUUGGGGGUCCCUCUGUACGACUUUCCCUUCAGGCCUUCGGAGCAGACCCUGGGGGGACGCGACUCCCUGGGGGGACGCGACUCCCUGGGACCUGCCUCCAAAGAGCGAACCCGUCCAGGUGGAGCUGGCGUCCACUCGCCUCCAGGCUCCACCUGACCUCUCCAUCACUUGACCACAUGACGUAAUGAAUGAUAAACCUUUAGGUGUUAUGUUGUUAAGCAACAAACUGUUUUGGUCAUAACACCUUUUGACUCGAGGCAUUUAUAACUUUUAAUAUCAAGAGUUUCAUCUUGUUUGAUACUCAUAUAGUGUUUUAACUUCUUUGGUGUCACUUUAAUUUAAUUUUAAUUUUUAAUGCAUUUUUUCACACCACAGAACUUCCUUCCUUUUUUGUCAUUUCAAGUCUUCGUCAUGAAGCGGUUGCCUGGCAACCAGCGGAGGACAUAACUCCACUUAAAAUAAAGAAAUGUGAUCUAUGGUUAAACAAGA